AUGGAGGAGGAACUGCAGCAGCUCAGAGAGCUAGUGGCACAGCUUAGAACAGAUAACGAGCAGCUGUCUCGAGCGAGAGAUGCUUCCCAGGCCGGUCCCAGUAGGGCUGACCCCGCUCCUGUUGCUCCGGCUGCUGGUGCCAGCUCCAGGGUCACUGAACGGCUGGUUGUCAUACCUAGAGAGCGUAGAUGUCCCAUGUUCAAUGGCAGAACAGGUGUAGGCAUAGCUGAGUGGAAAGAGGAGCUACAGGUGUGUAUGCGUGCCCGCCACCUGUCUGUUCGUGAUCAGGCUUUCUUCAUCUUUGACCACCUAGAAGGGGAGGCCAGAGAAGAGAUAAAGUAUCGCCCCCGUGUGGAGAGGGAGGAUCCUGACGAGGUUUUGACCAUCUUGACUGAGCUUUAUGGCUGUGUACAUUCAUAUGUGACCCUGCAGCAAUCUUUCUUCUCCAGGAAGCAGCAGGACGGGGAGACAUUGUUAGAGUUUUCCUUGGCUCUGAUGGCCCUGAUGGAGCGUGUCAAGCAGUCAGCACCUGAUGCUCUGCCUAAUGCAGAAAUCCUUCUUCGCGACCAGUUCGUGGAGCAUGUGCUUGAUGGUACCCUUCGCAGGGAAUUGAAGCAGUUCAUUCGUCGCGACCCCACUGCUUCUCUGCUUGACACACGUGGAGAGGCCAUUAGAUGGGAGAGGGAGGGCUCUCCAAGGGGUGUUAGGGAACGUAGCCACUCUCUUCCUUUGGCCCACGGUUUACAGUAUGGAGUGCAGGGUAGUUCUCGCCCCGCCCCUCUUGUCUCACCCCAUGACUCAGAGUUGAGCGAAGUGAAGGCUCUCUUGAAACGUCAACAAGGACAGCUUGACCAACUGGCCCAGACCAUGGCUUCUUUGCAGGCUCGUCCUUUUCCACCUCGGCCCCCUCGCAAUGGGCCUUUGAUCUGCAGAAGAUGUCAACAGCCAGGUCAUUAUGCCAGCGAUUGUGAUGGGGAGCGAGUCCCCCCCUCGUCCCCGUGCUGGUUCUUUGACUGGUCGACCUACUACUGGGGCUGGAUUUUCCCGCCCUGCAUUUCAGCCGGAAAACUGACGCCCACUGAGCUGCGGAGCCAAAGCUCAGUUGGGGAGGCUAGAGGCUCGCAACCUGACCUCAUUGAUCGGAUAAUGGCACCGUGUCCCCAUAUUGAUGUCUUGAUGGGUGGGGUCACGGUUUCAUGCUUGUUAGAUAGUGGUUCCAUGGUGUCUACGAUCCCUGAAAGUUUCUUUGUAGAACAUUUUGCAUCAUGGGGCCAAGAGCGCCUUCGGUCUUGUAAUUGGCUGCAAUUGCGGGCAGCUAAUGGUCUUUGUAUCCCGUACAUCGGUUACUUGGAGCUGGAUGUGACCUUGUGUGGAAAAGUGGUCCCUGGUUGUGGGAUUCUGGUGGUGAGAGACCCUCCUGAUGCUGCAUCUGCUUCCCCGGGGAUCUUGGGGAGCAACAUCAUUCGUCGAUGCUAUCGUGAACUCUUUGCCAUGUAUGGCCCCGCCCUCUUCAAUGCGCCGUCGGUGGUUCAAGCCCCAGGCCCAGUCCUUGAAGCCUUGCAACGGUGCCAUCAGGCCACCACAGAACAUCAGAGAAACAUCACUGGUUCCGCCCGGGUUCGUGGGAGACGGGCAAUACGAAUACCUGGUGGAGUACUGAAGCUUGUGGCAACUACCUGUGCAGAGCAGCGGGCUGGUCAGGCUGCGCUGUUUGAACCAACAGAGUCUGGCCUGCCAGCAGGGCUGCUGACUUUUCCUUGUGUGGUCCAGGUUACCCGUGGUACAGUUUACGUCCCAGUGGUCAAUGUGGGGACGACUGAUGUCCUUCUCUACCCACGUGUUGGUCUUGGCGCUUUAAGUAGUGCGCAGGUUGUCAGUCUACCAGCUGGCGUAACUGAGGUGAAGCUCACUACAGCCUCAGUUUCAUCCCAUGCAGCUGCUGGCACAACAACGGGUGGGGUACAAGCUGGGGACCUGUCCGCUUUAGCCGAGCAAGAGCAGAGUGAGGUGUAUGCUCUGCUGCAGAAAUACCAGGCAAUUUUCUCGAAUCACGACGGUGACUUGGGUUGUACCAACCUUAUCUCUCACGAGAUUCCCUUGCUGGACGAGAUUCCGGUGAGACAGCGGUACCGACGGAUACCACCUUCGGAGUACGAGGAGGUGAAGGCUCACAUUGACCAGUUACUUGAAGCUAAGGUGAUCCGGGAAAGCAAUAGCCCUUUUGCUUCCCCCAUUGUCCUGGUCCGUAAAAAGGAUGGUAGUCUCCGGAUGUGUGUUGACUACCGCCUGCUUAAUCGCAAGACACGGAAGGACGCAUUUCCCUUACCUCGCAUCGAGGAAAGCCUUGACUCCCUUGCUGGAGCUCGCUGGUUCACCACCCUCGAUUUAGCGAGUGGGUACAACCAGGUCCCCGUCACAGAGCAGGACAAGUCGAAGACAGCCUUUUGUACACCUUUCGGUCUCUUCGAGUUUAACCGUAUGCCAUUCGGCUUGUGCAACGCUCCAAGCACCUUUCAGAGAUUAAUGCAAAGGAUGUUUGGGGAUCAACAGUGUCAAUCCUUGCUCUUGUACUUGGACGAUAUUGUUGUAUUUUCAUCUUCUGUCUCUCAACACUUGCAGCGACUGGAGGUGGUCCUCAGUCGGCUUCAGAGGGAAGGCUUGAAGGUCAAACUUGAGAAGUGUGCCUUUUAAAAGGAGGUCCGUUACCUGGGGCACAUUAUCUCGAGCCGAGGCGUUUCCACGGACCCUGCCAAGAUUGAGGCGGUGGCAGAAUGGCAGCGGCCCUGCCAUGUGUCAGAGCUGCGCUCGUUCUUGGGGUUCGCCAGCUACUACAGGCGGUUCGUGGAGGGGUUCGCUAAGCUGGCAGGCCCCCUGCAUAAGUUGGUGGCAGAGCAUGCAGGUACCCGGUCCAAGCGAGGCUCUGGGCGGGAUUUGGGCUCUGCAUGGACACCCCAGUGUGAGCAAAGCUUCGAAGCUUUGAAGGCGAAGUUGGUCUCGGCCCCAGUGCUGGCCUAUGCAGAUUUUGCACGCCCGUUUAUCUUGGAAAUCGAUGCAAGUCACAGUGGCCUGGGAGCUGUCCUUUCACAGGAGACUGACGAUGGUGUUCGGCCAGUGGCGUACGCAAGCAGAGGGCUUCGACCCACGGAGCGCAACAUGGAAAAUUACAGUUCGAUGAAACUGGAGUUCCUUGCACUCAAGUGGGCGAUGGGAGAGAAGUUCCGGGAGUAUUUGUUGGGGCAUAAAUGUGUGGUCUUCACGGACAACAACCCGUUGAGUUACCUGGAUUCUGCCAAGUUGGGGGCCGUAGAACAGCGGUGGGCCUCCCAAUUGGCUGUCUUUGAUUUCGAGAUCAGGUAUCGUUCGGGACGCGUCAAUAGGAAUGCUGAUGCCCUCUCCCGGCAGUAUCUGUCAGGGUCCAGUCUGGCUGAACGGGUGCUACCUGGCACUUCGAUCCCACUGCUCCCCCAGUCAGCUUCAGUCUCGGCUCCAGUGGUACCUGCAGCCCAGGCCGCGGUGUCUGUCUUCCGGGGCCAUUCUCCAUCUGACCUUUGUUCCUUACAGGAGGCAGAUUCUCUCUUGGGUGACAACUUUCUGCGCUUUUGGCGGAGGCGGGUUAAACCGACUCAAGAGGAGAGGCAACAACUCCCUGCCUUAGCUUUGACGCUCCUGAGAGAAUGGGACCGCUUGGUCGAACAAGGUGGUGUACUGUACCGCCGGACUUUCCGUUCAGAUGGGGGGGAAGGGUGUCUCCAGCUUGUUCUGCCUGCUGUCCUUAAGAAGGAGACCCUGACCCAGUUGCAUCAAGACCAUGGUCACCAAGGUAUCGAGCGCACCACAGAACUGGUACGACAGCGCUGUUACUGGCCGAGAAUGUCUGCUGACAUCAAAGAGUGGGUCCAGACCUGCGAACGCUGCCAAGUUGCCAAAGAUUCAGGGUCAGUGCCCCACAGCUUUAUGGGUCACGUGCUAGCGUCCCGGCCGAACGAGAUUGUCGCCAUCGACUUUACAUUGCUAGAACCAUCACAGAACGGGUUGGAGAACGUUUUAGUGAUGACCGAUGUGUUUAGUAAAUACACUGUGGCAGUCCCAACCCGGGACCAGCGUGCUGUGACGGUUGCCCAGGUCUUGCUGACCGAAUGGUUUUUCCAGUUCGGCGUUCCAAGCCGCAUUCACUCCGACCAGGGUCGGAGCUUUGAGAGUUCCCUGAUCCACCAGCUCUGCCGCUUGUACGAGGUUGACAAAUCGCGAACCACUCCUUACCAUCCAGCCGGCAACGGACAGGUCGAACGCUUUAAUCGGACGCUCCAUGACUUAUUGCGAACCUUGCCAGUCUCCCGGAAGCGGGAUUGGGUUUCUUGUCUUCCUCAUGUGUUGUUUUGUUAUAACACUACGCCACAUCAAAGUACAGGGGAGUCACCUUUCUUCCUGAUGUUUGGUCGAGAGCCCAGGCUCCCUGUGGACUUUCUUUUGGGCCGGGUCCAGGACCCUGAGCCAGGGGACGUACAGAACUGGAUGACCGAGCAUCAGGCAAGGCUCAGAGUGGCAUUUGAGAAUGCUCGUGGUAGGUUGUUGGCCGCUGCAGGUCAACGGAAGGAGCGACAUGAUCGGCAUGUUCGAGAGGCCCCUUUGCAGGUGGGCUGGCUGGUCUAUCUCCGAGACCUUGGUGUCAGGGGUCGACACAAGCUUCACGACAAGUGGAGCCCAGUGCUCUACCAGGUGCUGAAAGCCCCAUCCGGCAGUGGAGCAGUUUACACCAUUGCCCCUGCUGAGGAGCUCCACAAGGCUCGGCAGGUGCAUCGGAAUAUGCUGAAGGCUCAGGUUGUGUCCAGUGCAUGCCCUCCCAGGGUGCUUCCUCCACCCGCUCCGACGGCGCCCAUAGGUUUCCCUGACUCACCUGAAGAUGGGGAACUAUGGCUGCUGGCGCUGGGCCUGACCCAGGUCCAGGCCCAAGUGCGGAGCCAGAGCGUGUUCAUUCUGUGGCUCCGCCCUCUAGUGGUCAGCCUAGCUCUUCUCAGCCAACUCGGCGUCGUACUGGCCGUUCCACCGCCGGUCAACAUUCCAACCUUCAUCGUCUUCCCCAACCGGUGGGCAUCAGGGGUGAUUUCUGGUGGGCAGAUUGCAGAGUGGUUUCACCUGUAUAAGUGCUGCGCCUUCUCUGGCGCGCACACUGCUGCCUGGCACUCGUGGCGAAGACUCGGUGUGGCGUCUGUUAGUUGUUGGUUUGUUGUCGGUUGGUGUGGCGUGCUUCAGUCACUUGAAGGACAGGAGCUGGUGUAG